AUGGCUCAUAAGAAUUCAUCUCUCAAAAUCCUUGAGAUUGGUGCUGGAACAGGUGGUACCACCACUCACGUCAUGAGACCACUACUUUCUUCGUCCGAUACGAAUGAAACGCAAAGCAUGGUAAGUACACGAUGCUCGCGAUAUGAUUUUACAGACAUCUCGCCUUCAUUCUUUAAAAAGGCACGAGAGGAUUUUCAAUCAUAUUCUUCGCGCAUGCAAUAUCUGGUGCUUGACGUUGAGCAAAAUCCCACAGAGCAAGGAUUUGAGCUUGGUAGCUACGAUAUUGUGCUUGCUGCAAAUGUAUUUCAUGCCACUAAAAACCUUGAUGUCGCGUUGAAGGACGUACAUACGCUACUUAAGCCGGGUGGAAAGCUUAUUAUGCUGGAACAGACGGGAGACUUUGUUCGCGGUGGUUUCGCCUUCGGACUUUUGCCGGGUUGGUGGUUGAGUGAGGACAACUACCGGUCCUGGGGACCUACAAUGACACCCGAAAAAUGGGUUAAUGUCUUGAAAGGUAAUGGUUUCAGUGGGACAGACUUCAUCCUGAAUGAUUAUGACGAUGAAAAAAAACCAAGAGCUCAGCAUUAUCGUAUCUACAGCGCAGCAGCUGGACAGAAAGCCUGCGGCUUUGCCUGA